CCGUGCCAUGUAUAGCACUGCAAUAUGCUACUCAGUGGGAGAAGGUCUAACGCUGUCUCAUAAAUUAGCAAGGAAAUGGAUGAAGAGAGCAGCUGACCGAGGUCAUAGCAAAACCCAGUUUGAGAAUGGACUUAGUCUAUUUUCCGAAGGUAACAUGAUGAAAGCUGUGGUGUAUUUGGAACUUGCCACUCGUGCUGGUGAGACAGCAGCUGAUCACGUCAAGUAUGUUAUACUUCGACAGAUGUCCACUUCUUCUCGUGACAGAGCCAUGCUUCUUGCUGAUAAUUGGCGUCCUCUGCCUUCUUCAUCCCGCUGAUUGAUUUUCCCUGCUAUUUUCAGCUUAAUGCUGUCUACGCCUCUUUCUCCAGCAUGCCACUUUUGAACCUUCUUCAAUUACGAAGUGUAAAUAUACAUAGUUUCUCUUGCUGAUGUGCAUUCCCUAGUUCUGUAAUGUUAUAAUAAGAACUCUUGUCGAAAUAAUUUUGCUCUUAAA